AUGGCCGAGGCAAGAGGUGAGCAGAUGCGCCAGACCGCCUACACUUUCUGUCAAACCUUUGCUGCAGGUGUGUCUGGGCGAGACUGCUUAGACAAGUUCUUCAUCCAACAGCCAAGGAUCAAAGAACACGGCCCGUUCUGGGCGACUGACAGACUACCGUUCUUGGCCCAUGUAUUCAGCGGUCGUCGCGUCGGGAAUGAUGGGGACGGAAAGACUUGUGACGAUUACUAUGACCUGCUGAUGUCUGUCCUCGCUGUCGAGCCAGACUCACUCUUGAUCCCGCCCAAGGAAUCUUUUGCAGUAGAUGCUGAGCUUGGGAUCGUUACGGUCAAGCUCCAUGCCAAGUUUAGAAGCAUCAAGACUGGCAAAGCGUGGGAAGAGGACUUUGUCUAUGUGCUGAGCGACUUUGAUGACGAUGGAAAAUACAUUGGAUUUCAGCAGCUGUGGGCCGAUCCUCUCAGCGCGUGGGUUGCUGUGGGCGAAUAA